UCUUGUUUUUUGAAAAUUGACCCUGACAGGGAAGACAAAAUGGCGACCAGGAUGGCUACUCUGAAUCGUCUGAAUGUUGCUCUUCGCACUUGCCGAAGAUUUUAUUCAGCUCAAGCUGGGGAGCAUGGCCAUGAGAGUGCCAAAAGGUGGAAGAGCGCCUUCUUCUUCCUUGGGGCCCCUGCCGUUGCUCUAGUGUACUACAAUUCAUACUACAUUAUGCCCCAGCACCCAGAGAGAGACGAGUUUGUAGCCUAUCCUCAUCUUAGGAUUAGAGCAAAACCCUUCCCAUGGUCAGAUGGCAACCACUCCCUGUUCCACAAUGGCUAUUACAACGCGUUGCCGGAGGGCUAUGAAGAAGGCAGUGAAGCUCUGCAUGGAGGCCACCACUGAGUGCCCGUAGCCUCCAUCCCUGGUGAUGAACUUAGCGAGAGUAUGCCUGUGCUGUGAAUGGACAUGAAGAGACGUGAUUGCCACAGGUCAAUACAGAACAGGUCAAGAGUCCAUGUUCACCCACAGUGGGCGUCCAUUGCUAUUGGAUGAACGUUUCGAAGUUUUGGUUUUGGUCGUUACCACCAAUGAUAAAGAAUAUUGGCCUUGUAUGUAUGCUGUAGAACAUUUGGUUUGUGUUUGAUUUUAAUGAGUACGGUACAAUGAACCCAGUUAUUGUGAAAUAAACUUUGAAUACAA